AACUUGGACAUGUCCCAGCCAAUGUACUUGGAUCGUCUGGACACCCCUCUGCCAGACAGACCAUGGAAGGAUGUCCUCGACUCUACGGAUAAGAGCCUGAAACAGAAGGAGAAGGGUCCCUGGACUGCACUGUCCAAGGAGGAGAAAAUCGCCUUGUACAGGCUGAAGUUCAACCACACCUAUCCUGAGAUGAAGAGGCCCUCCCAUGAGUGGAAGACUGUGAUUGGUGGGAUGUUCAUAGUCUUUGGCAUCACUGGUCUGGUGGUCUUUUGGCAGUGCCACUAUGUGUACCCACCCCAACCUCAUACCUUUGGUGAGGAGUGGCAGGCUAAGCAGAUCCAGAGAAUGCUGGAUAUGCGGAUCAAUCCAAUCACGGGCUUCUCUGCCCAGUGGGACUACAAGAACAAACAAUGGAAGUAAAGGAAGGGAAUAGGCCACCGCUGGAAGGAGAAAUGUUUCAACUUGACACCUUGAGCCUCUGUUCAGCCACCAUAACAGCAAUCCAUCCAUCUGAAUCCAUUCUCUUACUAUUUAAGUAAUAAAUGAC